AUGAGUGCAAAAGCGUCGAAAGCCGCAGACAAGGACAAACGAGCGUCGUCGGCGUGCGAGCGGUGUCGCAAGCGGCAUGCCCGGUGUUCCGGCGGCGACCCUUGUGUCACCUGUGCCAAGUUGAAGGCUCCCUGUGUCUAUCCUGAGGCGGAGAAGAAGAUUGUUGUUUCGUUGAAGUAUUGGAAAAAGUUGCAGGAUGAGAUUCAGCAGUUGAAGGAGGACAAGCGGGCGGCAGAGCGAGGAGUGUCGGAGGGGUUUGUGGACGGAGUGGUGGACGGAGCAGUGGAAUCUGCUGGGGGGACUCGAGGGGAGACUCCAGGAGUAGUUUUGGGCGUUUCAGGACUUGCAGGGCUUUCGGGAGGUUCGGGUAUUUCAGGUAUUUCAGGUAUUUCGGGUACUUCAGGACUUUCAGCGCUGUCAGGAGGACUUGAAACACCAGGAACUCCUUUGGGGGGUCUAGACCCUCGAGCUAAACGAGCCAGAAUCAACAGUCCGGGUGGCUCUAUGGAGUCUCCGAGCGCCGGAGGUGCAUCUCCAAUCAACAAGGUGACGGUUUCGUCUCUUUGUUCCGAAGGAGAUCAUCUAAUCAACCCGAUUCGCGACCAGAAAAGCGAGCUGACCAGCACCCGAAACGGCCAGCAGCUCUUUUCAGGCUCUUCGUCAACGUCGCGGUUUGGACAGGAGGUGGCAUGUAUGCUCAGAGACACCAAAACCGGCGCCAACGAGUCUUUGGAUAUGGGUCUGUUCACAUAUCGGGGAAUUCGGCUGACUAAAACGGGUCCUUUGACUCUGAUGCUCAAGUGCACGGAAUGCAACAACAGCGACUAUCGCGACGACAUUGUCAUCACGAUGCCGGCCCGCGACGACGCUCUUCGAUUUUUGGUGCAAUUUCAGACCCAUUUGGGCCACUGUUACUACUUUUGCAACGAGUUGUGGACCCGGAACAAAAUCCACGAAAUUUACGCGUUUCUGGACACCCUUCAGAACCACCAGACCACCACUCUCUCGCGCCAUGAGGCGUCCUGGUAUUGCCAGAUUCUGCUCAUUUCCGCCAUUGGUGAAAUGUACGGAGCUCCUCGAGAAGAGCGGCAAAAUAUGGCCGAUGAUCCUCCGGGAGGCGAAAACUUUCGAAAUGGAGCCAACGCCCUGUCGCUACUGUAUGGAAAGGAACUCAUGGGUGAUUCGUGCACUAAGCUGAUCGAACUGCUGCUCUGUUACUCGUUUUAUCUGCAGGUUUUGGACUUUUCGACCUCCUCAGCCGUUUAUAUCGGCAUGGCGAUGAGAACAGCGGUAUUGUGUGGUCUUCAUGUCGAUGCCAGCAAAGAUUCCCUGUCCCGUGAAGAGCUGGAGCAUCGACGACGACUGUGGUGGACCACGUACAUUCUCGAGUUGUACUCGUGUUCCAAACAGGGCAUUCCUCCGUCGUUAAAUCUGGAAUCGGUCGCGACGGGUCUUCCGGAGUCGCUGCCCGAGUUUUACGACGCUCUGUACAUCAAUUCGUUCAUCGAGGUGGCCCGUCUGGGCUGCUUGGUGCUCGAUUCGCUGUACCAUCACCACAAUGACAACAAGAACAUUCUACCGGCACUGAACGCGGUGAUUGAAAAGCUGUUUGAAUGGCGAAACAACAUUCCCGACCGGCUCAAGGUGGACUAUUCGCAGUCUCCGCUCAUUGUCUCCCGACCGGUCGUCAACAUUCACUCGGAGUAUUUUCAAUGCAUCAACCUGUCGGUUCGACCCCUGCUGAUUCAUUUUGUUCAACGACGAAUCGCCUCCUUGUCUUCUGAGGGAAAACUCAUUGAACUGUCUCUGUCGAAAUUCUCUCCCUCCAUUCGACGAUUGCUAAACGCGUCGUUCCAGGCCUCCGUCUGCUCCAUUUCAGCAAUCAGCUCGCUACUGGACACCGGGUUUCUGGCAGUCCAAGGAUACAUGGACCGGGAGUACGUUUUUGUGUCUGCUGCGACCCUGGUUCUGUUCGGAGCCGCGUUCGGGUCCCAUGACUCCAUCGACUCGCACAUUGAGACAGCUAUUCGCAUCAUGACUGCCAUGCAUCAUGCCGGGAACAAGCCCGCUUCUCUGCGGCUCGAGCAAUUGGUUUCUCUGCGUGACGCCAUGCGACUGGAAUGCCGAACGCCCCAGAACCUCACUCCGCAGUCUGCUCCUGCCGCCCCACCUCACCAUCACCAGGACGACUUUGCCCAGUACUCCAGCUCCAUGUAUGACAACAAUCUGUUUACGCAGUCGGACAUUCCGGAGCUGUCGGCCGACAAUGCUCUGGAUCGCGAGCUGUUUGACGAUCUCAGUCAGCAUCCCGUUUGGAUGGGAGAGUGGGUUAUGAGUUAG